AUGGCAGGAGACGAUCUCCCUCAACCCUACGAUGCCAAGGCCCUGGCGCCUGCGAAGAAGCGACAGCGAAGCACAUCUCCCUCGGGUUCUGAACAGCCGCGCAAGCUCAAGCGACCUGGCCAACGGUCGCGCAUCAAUGAAGCCCAGCGCGAGGAGCUCCGCCAGCGUGCCCUCGAGCGCGAGCGCGAGCAGCAUGCAGCUGCAUCCCAGGCUGAAACGCAGCGCGCAGCCAUCAACGAUGUAGUCCGCGCUCACUACAACGCAGUACCCGAGCGAGGCCGCGACUGGCGCAAGACCGACAGCCGGAUCAAGGGACUGCGCUCUUUCAACAACUGGAUCAAGAGCUGCAUCAUACAGAAGUUUGCCCCCGACGAGGAUCACACACCUGGCGCGUUCGAGAGGGGCAUCUCGAGUGGUCGAGAGCUAUUGAUCCUGGACAUUGGAUGCGGGAAGGGAGGCGACCUGGGCAAAUGGCAGCAAGCGCCACAGACUGUGGAACUGUAUGUGGGGCUAGACCCGGCGGACAUCUCAAUUGACCAGGCAAAGGAGAGAUACAGAACCAUGUCGCAGCGGGACCGGCACGGCGGCAGGGGCGGUCGUGGGGGAAGCUAUCGACGCCCUCAGCCACGAUUGUUCGAGGCAAGAUUCCAUGUCAAGGACUGCUUCGCCGAAACAAUCGAAGACAUCGAAAUCGUACGGCAGGUGGGCUACACACAGUCCAACAUUAGCAGCGAGCGCGGGUUUGAUGUCGUCUCCAUGAUGUUCUGCAUGCACUACGCGUUUGAGAGUGAGGCAAAGGCACGCCAGAUGCUGAAGAACGUGGCUGGCUCUUUGAAGAAAGGCGGCCGCUUGAUUGGCACCAUUCCCAACUCCGACGUGAUAGGCGAGAAGGUCAAGGAAUUCAAUGCGAAGCAGAAGCCCAAAGCUGAACAGGCCGAGAAGAACGGGGAGGAGCCCAAGGCCGAAGAGGAGGGCGAGCUUGAGGAGGGCGAGGAGAAGGAAGAGGGUGAAGCCGAGCCGACUGCUGAGUGGGGCAACGAUAUUUAUCGGGUUAGGUUCCCGGGUAAGACCCCAGAAGACGGUAUCUUUCGUCCUCCCUUUGGCUGGAAGUACAACUUCUUCCUACACGAGGCCGUCGAGGAGGUGCCCGAGUACGUUGUCCCAUGGGAGGCCUUCCGAGCUCUGGCUGAGGACUACAACCUUGAGUUGCAGUACCACAAGAGUUUCUCCGACAUAUGGAAGACGGAGAAGGAUGACCCUACGCUGGGACCCUUGAGCGAGCGGAUGGGUGUACGACAGAGGCACGGGGGCGAAUUUCUGGUCUCGCCGGAGGAGAUGGAGGCCGCAUCCUUCUAUGUGGGAUUCUGCUUCUACAAGGUGUAG